AUGCUCGACGUUGAACAAAUUCUGCAAAUCGUACAACAUCUUUCCGUCGAGGACUUGGAAACUUUUCCGUUCAUAAACAGGAAGUGCACUUCUGCCCUUGACGUCAUUCAAAAAAACAUCAAUUGCAAUGGUGCAAUAACCAAAAAAGAGUUGAAGCUUCUGCCCAACGUCACAGAACUAACAGGUGAGCUUUACUCGAUUAUUUUCUCGAUUUGCGUGACAAGUGCAGACGACAGUCUUAGUGAUUUUGACUUCUGGAAAGUUGUUGAAAGCCGAUGGGAAAAGGCUUCACAAAAGUACACUUCGUUUAACAUCACCUGUUUCUCAGGGUUGGAUUUACACACAUUCCCGUUACUCAACACCAUUAAGAGUAAAAUUGUUUCUUUCUCUAUCCACACAACUGAAUUACAAAAAGAAGUUGCUGAGAAGUUGCUUCAUUUUUUGUCUGACUUCGAGGGUUGCAAACAGCUGCGCAUUGAUGGAAAUACCAUUUCUGAAAUGUAUAAAGUGUUCGAGGCUGAGAACAAAACCGACUCCACCAAACGAUUUGUUCUUCCCGCACGAAACAUCGUGUUUGAUUCUUUCGACGUGCGAAGUAAUCAAUCAACGCUUUUCAAUAUUUCCAAGCAGUUGGAAAACAAAGAAGGAGUCUUCCACGUGGACAACGCGACUGACGAGAAGGAUGUUUUGUUAAUUACAAAACUCCUUCCGAACUUCCGUGUCGCUGUUGAUUAUACCGCGUCACCAAAACUCCUUUCAUCCAUUGCGAAGAAAGAAAUUUUAACAAUCCCAAUGUAUCACUCCCCAUUUGCAGUUCAAGUUCCUGAGGAUGCGACUGAGGAACAAAUGUCAAAUGUCUCCGAUAUUAACCGCUUAUAUUUGCCGUCUUUUCAACAAAGUCUUCCCGAAGACUUGAUUGAUGCUUUUGGAUUAAUUGUGAUGGGGAGAUUUCCCAAGAAGAUUGAAGAUUGCAAAUUAGAGAGGUUGGCGUCACUCAAAUACAAUAACAUUUUGCCUGAACUCUUCCCUGUGAAUUUGGGAAAUAUUUUGACAUUGACUAAACUUGUUUUGAGAAUGAAUGAGCCACGUAAUGACACGAUGACUCUUCCAAUCUCCCUUCGAGUGUUAGAUUUAGAAAUUCAAGACAAAUUAGAGAGCUUUUGUCAAACCAAAGUUUCGGGGAAAAUAUGCAACGGAAUCUCAGCGUUGUCUAAUCUCACUCAUUUACAAGUCAGAUUUUCCGACGCAAAAGAAAUCCCACUUCCUAAAGGUCUUUGCUCUUUGAACGUCGCUAUGUGUGGAAAAGUGAAAGUUAUAGACACAAACGACUUAACUCAACUCACAAAAAUGGAAGUUCAGAGCUGUGAGGAGGUUGAGAAGGUCGUCAUGAGUAAGACUGUUAAAAUUGGGAUGGUCAGGAUGUGCCCAAAUGCAAAGAACAUUGAAGCACCUAUAAGACUCAAAAACUUGACUUUGGCUUUUGAACCAAAAGCUCACAUCAACUUUUUCUAA